GUUAUAUGCAUGAUAUCUUACGUACUUUCUUUCUUUCUCCAACAUCUCUCUCUAUUACUCUCUCUCUCUCUCUAUAUAUAUAUAUAUUUAACACACACAUACAAAUACACAUAACCUCAGCCUCUAUCUCUCUCUCACACAGACACACAGUUGGUGAGUUGAUAAUGGGCGUGAGGAAAUGCUCCAAGUGUGGGAAAACAGGUCACAAUUCAAGAACUUGCAGAAACAAUUCAUCCAAGACACAAGACAAUAAUUGUGGUCAAAUUAUGAAGCUUUUUGGGGUGGAGUUACCAAAAGUGCCAUCGACUAACCAUGGAUUUGGGCUUUUCAAUUAUAAUAACACUGAACUGAUUUCAUCUUCCCACCAAGAUUCUGAUAAACUUAAGCACGUUAGAGCACUCAAUCAAGGGCAGAGGAAAAAGGGUAUACCAUGGAGUGAAGAGGAGCAUAGGUUAUUUCUGGUUGGGCUUGAAAAGCUAGGAAAAGGGAAUUGGAGAGGAAUUUCAAGAAAUUUUGUAACCACAAGAACUUCUACACAAGUAGCUAGUCAUGCUCAAAAAUACUUUCUUCGACGAAAUAACGCCAACAAAAAUAAACUCACUCCUACUGUCCUCUCCAUGGUGCGGCAAAAUGAAGGGCAAUUUUGUAUUUACCCGACGAAAAAACCAUUGCCACAAGCACCUUAUUUUUGCAGAUUAUUCAAUAAUUCUGCCACUCAAAAUUCACCUUGCAGCUUGGAGCUCAGUCUCGGUGCUCCGCUUCUUCCACCGCCGGUUUGGGAACGACGGCCCAUUGUGUAUGUGGUCAAAAAAAUAUAGCCAAGUUUUAGCUCACCAUAUACAUAUAUAGGAAUAAUAGGAUGCUUCAAAAUGUGGUGUAGGUUUUUUUUUUUUAAAAA